GCCCCGAGCAGCGCCGCGGCGAGCCGGAGCCGGAGCAGGAGCCGGAGCCGGGGCCGGAGCAGGGGCCGGAGCCGGGGCCGCGGGGGCUGCACGGCACUGCGGCCGCGAUGGCUUCGCCCCGCCGCGCCGCCGCCGCAUGAAGGUGCGCGGCGCCGGGGCGGCGGCCGGGACCGGGACCGGAGCCGGAGCCGGAGCCGGGACCGCGACUGGGGCCGGGGCCGCCGAGGCGGCGCGGCGGCGCCCAGGCGCUCCGGUGGCCCGGAGGAGGCAAGGCACAUGGCGAACAGGGCUGGAGCCGAUGUCUCCCGGCGGGCUCGGAGCUGAGGGCAACCGGCUUUCGGUACUCCUCAAGAAGAUGCACUUGUUCCGGAGCUCCAGCUACGAGAUCCGGCUGGAAGGCGAGGGGGGCAGCUUGCCCCGCAUCCAGGGCAUCCGCUGGACCCCAAUUUUGGACAGCGAAUCUGCCUUGGAUUAUGGACACAGCCUUACCCAGGCAUCCUCAGAGAAAAUCUGGCGAGCUGGGAAGCUCCUCUUCAGCCACCUCAUGAUCACCUGUCCUGGCCUUAUCCGUGACCACAAGCAUCACCUGCGGCACCACAGGCAGUGCUGCUCUGGGAAGGAGCUGGUGGACUGGCUGCUGAGCGCAGGGCUUGCUGUCCAGACACGGAGCCAGGCCAUCGGCGUAUGCCAGGUGCUGGUGGACGGAGGAGUCCUCACACAUGUGAAGCAGGAGUGGCAUUUCCAGGACAAGGACACCCAGUUUUAUCGCUUCGCUGAACUGGAACUGAGCCCCGAACCUGGCAAUGGGCUCCGGGAUGCAGAGGAGCUGCUGGAGGCACUGACCUUCUUGGCCCAGCUGGGCCCUGACGCACUGCUCACCAUGGCUCUGCGCAAACCGCCUACUCAGCGCACAGAGGAUGAGCUAGAGCUCAUAUUUGAGGAGCUCCUACACAUAAAGGCUGUAGCUCAUCUCUCCAACUCGGUGAAGCGGGAGCUGGCGUCCGUGAUGAUGUUCGAGUCACACCAGAGGGCAGGCACCGUGCUGUUCAGCCAAGGAGAUAAAGGCACAUCAUGGUACAUCAUCUGGAAGGGCUCAGUGAACGUGGUCACCCACGGCAAGGGCUUGGUGGCCACCCUGCACGAGGGGGAUGAUUUUGGGCAGCUGGCACUAGUGAACGAUGCACCCCGUGCAGCCACCAUCAUUCUGCGGGAGGACAACUGCCACUUCCUCCGUGUGGACAAGCAGGAUUUCAACCGCAUUCUCAAGGAUGUUGAGGCCAACACCAUGCGUCUGAAGGAGCAUGGAAAGGUGGUGCUUAUCCUACAGAAAAACCUGCAGGGUGGCAGCAGUCAGUCAGCGGUGGCAAGGAGCAGUAGGUACUCAGUGAUGGCUGGGACCCCUGAAAAGAUCCUCGAGCAUCUUCUGGAGUUCAUGAGGCUUGAUGCAACACUCUACGACCCUGUGGAUACCCUGCUGGGGGAUUUCCUGCUGACAUACACCGUGUUCAUGCCGACCUCUCAGCUCUGCAGAGCCUUGCUGCACCAUUUCCGCGCGGAGCCGCUGGAGGGCUCGGAGCAGGAGAAGGCCACCUACUCCCUACACAAGCGUCGGAAGAUCCUGCGGCUGGUGAGCCAGUGGGUGCUGCUCUACGGGCGUCUGCUGCAGGGCGACCGCAGCACCAUGGCCUUGCUGCAGAGUCUUGCAGACUUGGCAAGCCAGGACCCUCGCCUGGGUGGGAUGAUCCAGGAGCAAGCACAGGACCGCCGGCGGCCCAGACCGCUGGAGAACGGAGAUGGCAGUGUUUCUCCCCAGCCCAAGGCUCGGAGCUCUGUGAACUGGUUUGCAAGCCAGGAGGAGGCAAUUUUGAACAGUAGCUGUGCCUUAAGAGCUCAGGACAAAGUGCCCUAUGAGAUCUACAGACCUGACCACUCGUGCCUUAUCACGGUGCUGCCUGUGAACGCUUCAGUGCGGGACAUCCUCCGGUCCCUUACCCCCAAGCUCGGCCAAGACGGCGAGCACAUCCUGGUGAAGGUUAAUUCAGCUGGAGAUAAAGUGGGGCUGCAGAUGGAUGCUGUGGGGGUGUUCACAUCGCUGGGGCUCAAUGAGAGGCUCUUUGCCGUGAGCAUGGAGGAGCUGUGCAGCCUGAUCCCCCAUCCUGAGCAGCUGGGGCCCAGCACUGGUUCCUCAGAAACACUGGACCUCAUCAGCUCUAAAGAUCUGGCCAGCCAUCUCACGGACUAUGACUGGAACCUCUUCAAGAGCAUCCACCAGGUGGAAAUGAUCCACUACAUCAUCAGGCCACAGAAGUUUCAUGAUGUGACCACAGCCAACCUGGAGCGAGUCAUGCGGCGCUUCAAUGAACUGCAGUACUGGGUGGCCACGGAGCUGUGCCUCUGCCCCGAGGUGGGCAGGCGAGCCCAGCUCCUCCGCAAGUUCAUCAAGCUGGCUGCACACCUCAAGGAGCAGAAGAACCUGAAUUCCUUCUUUGCGGUGAUGUUUGGUGUGAGCAACACAGCCGUGAGUCGCCUUGCCAAGACCUGGGAGAGGCUGCCUCACAAGAUCAAGAAGCUGCACUCAGCGCUGGAGCGGAUGCUGGACCCCUCAUGGAACCACAGGGUCUAUCGGCUGGCUGUCUCCAAGCUGAGCCCCCCCAUCAUCCCCUUCGUGCCCCUUCUUCUCAAAGAUAUGACAUUCAUCCAUGAGGGCAACCGCACAUUGGCUGAAAAUCUCAUCAACUUUGAGAAGAUGCACAUGAUGGCUAAGACUGUACGCAUCCUGCAGCGCUGCCAGGGCCACAUGCAUGCUCCAAUCUCCCCACUGCGGAGUCGCUCCCCACACCGACUGGAGGACCCCAAAGCCGUGAGGAUCUCCACAUCUCUCUGUUACAGGCUCCGAGCAAUCCCUGAGUGUGCGGAGCCCUGUCUCUACAUGGGCCUAUCUGCAGCACCUGAAAGCCAUCGACAGUCAGAAGGAGCUGCUGCGGCUCUCACGAGACCUGGAGUCCUGACAGGGAAGGAGGGCCGGAGGGGACCCGGAGCAGGGAUGCAGCAGCAUGUCUGCUGGCAGCAAGGGUGGCCCUGCAGCUCCAUUCCCGGCAGCGCAGGGCGCAGGGCUGCUUUGGAGCUGGCCGAGAGCAGCCCGCACUUGGUUACGCUGCUGACUGCAGGCGCCAGGCCCAGCGCCACAAGGCAGCACAGGAGCCCUUGUGGGCUGUGAGCAGGUGAAGGCCGUGGACAGCAGGGUCAGAGGCCCUCACACAGUGAGCAAUAGAGGUAUUUUUGUAUGCAAGGCUGCACUCACCUUUCUCCUCCAUGUUGCAAUCUCACUCCAUGGUACUAGCCACACAGUGGGGAAGGGAGGAGCCCUGGCUGCCUCGUGAUGCUGCCUGCCCCAGAGGUGCUGGGGCUGGAAGAUGCCCCUUCCUCAGUGAGGGGACCUGAGCCAGAGCUUCCCUGUGGGCAGGGAUUAGUACAUCUAGCUCUGUCAGGAUGAAGCCAUGCAGGAUGAGAUCAGGGCCUCACUCGUGCUGCUGUGCUGUUGGGAGCUACAGCCACCCAGGGGAUCUGUGGCUGCACAUCGUGGUACGGUGACAGGGGGUAAAGCCCCUGGCACUGGCAUGUGCACCAUCAGCAGACAGGGAUGGUGGCAGCACUGCAGCCCAUUUUCGAUGCUCCAGCAUUGAAGGCUUGUGGAAACAGGCAGACAGUGAUGGAGCUGGUCAUAAGAGGCUCUGGAGCCAGUUGCAAAGGCUGGGGCAGAGGAGAGGAUAUGGCACAGUGAGCUCACUGGGCUCAGUACCUGCACAACUCCUGGGGACAGGGCACAGCAAACAGGAAUAUGGAACAGUGUGUGUGUGUCUGGAGUGUGCAGGAAACAAGUUUGCACACAGGAGUGCAAAGCCACUCCUGUGUCCUGCUGCUCUCCUGUAUCUCACAAACCCUCUUGCCCUGUGUUAGCUCUAUGACUCCAUGCCCCAGAGGGGACCUACCCUUCCCUCCCCUCCAUCCUGCUUGGUCCUUGGGAUGUACUGGCUGCAUCCUCUGUCCCCUGUCCCCAGCCUCCGGGAAGCUGCAUGGCCCCAGCAGCCACAGAAGAGCAUCUAGAUUCCUCACAGGUUCAUGGGGGCUCAAAACAGUGGUGUUGACUGCAGUGACACAGGGUGAGCAGGGAGCAUGUCUCCACUGCAAGAACCAGCCUCUGUUUCUGAGCCAUGAGCUAAUCAUGGUCCUCUCCAUACUUUAUUUCCCACCACGGACAGUAGCAAGAAAGUCACCCACAGCGGUGGCGUAGAACAUAGAGCCAGCACAGUAUCCAUAGUGGAAAGAUGCUAUGAUGGUAUUGUGAUGGAGCCUGUGACUUGAUGCUUGUCCUGGUUUGCAACCAGGGGUGGCCAAGAAGGACCGUUAACCCUGCCAGGAGCUCACCACAUCCAGGAUGCAGGAAAAAGUGUGGCCUGGUUGUUUCUGUUGGUAAUAAUGCAAUCUGGUGUUAGCAGGAAGGAGGAGUGCAGCUGGGCUGAGUACCCGUCAAGUUAAGCCAUGCUGAGAUCAUAAAUCUCCUUCGCACUGCUUGGGGCCAAGCUUGGCUGCUCUGGUCUGACCCUUCCCAAAAGCACAAGCAGAAGAUCAGGGAAUAUAUAUUCAAAUAUGCAGCCUGCCCUUAGCUCCCAGAGGCAGAACCAAAAGACGCAAGGGAUGAGGAACCCCAUACCUCUCUCCAGAACAUCUCUGGAUGUGCACAGAGCAGAUUUAGCGCUGAACUUCCAAAUGCUGUUGCUCAGAGAUGGCCUGAAUGAAAUUACAAGUUUCAGGGAAGAUUGCUGCCCCAAACACUUUCCAUGUUUGCAGCCACUGUGUCUUGGGAGGUGCUCUCAGCCCAUGGUAGGGCAUCAUUUGGCCACAGAUCGGAGCCUUACCGGGAGUACCAGGUAGCAACAGCAUGGGGCCACCUGGAUUCCAGGGCAGCAGGACAAAACCCACCCAGCCUUGCUCAAAACUCCCAGACAUGUUACACCUGGACCCAACAGCCCAGGCAUCACAUGGUAGGAACCCCUGAGGUGGCAUGUUUCCGCCAGUCCUUCCCAGUUAGCUACUGGGCAGUGGCAUGAUGACAAACCCAGGCAGACCAAACUGAGUGGUGGCGAUGGUGUCAGUUUGCAGGAUUACAGCCAGGGCCUCUUAGGUUUUUAUGCAGUUCUGACUGUGCUUUAAAUGACCUAGCUGCUUGAUGGUUACAGCAGGGCCUAGCUGUAUAAGGAGCAAGGUGCUCCUCUGCCAGCAUCCAUUUGGGAGCCCUGCAACCCAAACAGCUCAGCUGAGAACACUGCUAGGUCCUGGCCCCUGUGUUGAUGUUUGCCUUGGCCCCACUCCAUGUGUAUGGAAGAAGCUGCCACCACUUCCCAGCACACCAACUGAGCCAGCACACUCCAGACCCUGCAUGAGAUGCUCACGCUCUAUCAGCCCGUCCUUGCUGCCUGCAGGACAUUGCAGAGCACAGGGAUGGGGAAACACAGCAAACUCUCAGUCCCAUCAGGGAAGGAGGUGGUGGUGUAUCCUUCCAUAUACUGCACAGCCAGUAGCUUCCUGGAAGGCUUUGGGUCACGGCAGGGAGUUCAAAAAGGAUUAGGGUACGAAGGACAAGAACACUGCUGCAUUAACUGCUCUUUUUGAUCUUGCAAAUCAAAUGAAUGGGUUGCUUAAAAUAAAAAUCCCCAUCACACCUAAA